CGCUCUGAUUGGUCCGCGGGGAUGACGCGCGCGGCGGGGCGGAAGUGGCGGCGCCGACCAUGGACAGCAGUGAUGACAUUGAAGAUGUGUCUCUCUUCGAUGCAGAUGAUGAUGUAUCCAGGAGAUCCAAGAAGUCAAAAAUAAGGCACCCAGUGGCAUCAUUUUUCCACUUAUUCUUCCGGGUCAGUGCCAUCGUUGUGUACCUGCUCUGUGAGCUCUUAACCAGCAGCUUCAUUGCCUGCAUGGUGACCAUCAUCCUCCUCCUGUCCUGUGACUUCUGGGCUGUAAAGAACGUCACAGGGCGGCUCAUGGUUGGCCUCCGCUGGUGGAACCAGGUGGAUGAUGAUGGCAGAAGUCACUGGGUGUUUGAAGCCAGGAAGGUGUCAGCACAAGGGGGUAAAACCUCUUCUGAAGCAGAGUCCCGAAUUUUCUGGCUGGGUCUGAUCACCUGCCCCAUGAUCUGGGUGAUCUUUGCCUUCAGCGCUCUCUUCUCUUUCAAAGUGAAGUGGCUGGCAGUGGUGGUGAUGGGGGUGGUGCUGCAGGGAGCCAACCUCUACGGCUACAUCAGGUGUAAAGUUGGCAGCAGGAAGACCCUGACCAGCAUGGCAACCAGCUACCUGGGGAAGCAGUUCCUGCGGCAGACCAUGGCUACAGAGGACCAAGCAGCAUCCUGAGCAUGGUGGGAGCCUCCAGCCAGGCUGCAUUCCCAGCAGUGACCAACAGAGAAGUUGCUCUGACUAAUUUGGGAGCUGCACACAAGGUGUGAAUCAAAAGAAGUAAAUAAACUGUUCAAGACUUGAGGUUAACACUCCUGGCAACUUAUAUUCCAUUUUCCACUAGCAGUUUGUGUUUAAGUCUUCUCUUUAGUUUGAUUAACAAGAAUUAAUUUGCUUAAACUUUAAAUUAAAAGAUAGCCUGAGUGGGUUCAUAGAGGUUUAGAACUACUGGAUGAGUUUCAAAUGAAUUGCUGGAGAUUCUUCGGAAAAGCCCUGUACGAGCCGAGCCCUGGGAACUCUCCUGCUCCUUCAGCACCGGUGCCUGGGACUUUCAGCUGUGGGCAGAUCUUGCUCUUGGAGGUUGUUGCUGCUUCUGCUACAGGUCAGGGAGGGAUUUUUUGGCCCUGCAUCCCUCAGUGUGUCUGGAAUGGCUCUGAAUGGCUGCAGUGAGCGAAUGGAGCUGCUGGGAAGAUCCCUGAAGUCUCACGGCAGCUGCAGAGGGUGACCUGUGAGCAGGCUCUGCUUUUCUGAAGCAUUCACAGACCUGGAGAACACCCUAAAGCCCUGCGUCUCUGGGAAUCCCUGCAGGCCUGGGCUGUCUGCAGAGUGGCAAGAGCAGGACCAGGUUGCAGGCAGGGGUAGAGAGAGCAGCCCUGGUGUGCCCGGCCUGGCACACCGAGGCCGUGGUGUCCUGGAGGGGACACUGGGGCUGUUCCUGGGGCCAGCAGCGUGUGGGGCUGUGAGUUCCUGGCACACUGGGGCUGGCAGGGUGGCACCUCACGUGCACCCUCUGUUCCAAAGCUCCCCAGCAGUCUGAGCCCUGCGUGGGCUGGCAGUGCUGUGCCUGAGCCCAUCCCUGCACAGGGGCCAGCUCCUCCUCUGCGCUUCUGUCCCUGCAGCUGGUGCUCUACAGCAGCACGUGCUGAGCCUUCUGGCUGAGGAAUUGUACAUGAAGAAUUUACAUCAUGGUUUGUUUUUGUCUCUGGGUGCUGUGCACUGUGGGGUUGCAUUACUCUGGUUUCUGUCCCUCUGCUCUGCAGGACUGGCAGCUGUACAUUUGUUUAACUCUGGAUUGAUACCUUCCUUUUGUAAAUACAUAUUUAUAAAAUCUUGAAAUUAAAAUGCUGCUUUGUUUAACCAG